AUGGACGUCCUCCGCUCCAUCCAGAAGCGGCUGCCUUCCGCCGACCAACUCCCCUCGCUCAAAAGCCUCGCAUCAUACUCCUCCUCGAAAGACACAGACAACAAGCCCACAACAACAACAAGAUGGGCUUUCUUCCGAAGACGAAUACGACUACGCGGCAACAGCAAGAUCAGCGUCCCGCUAUACCUCGUCCUCAUCUUCCCGGUCCUGGUACUGGUGAUCAUACUACUGCUAUUCGUCCGACAUCCGAGCGGAGCAGGAGGUCGUCUGAUCGACCGAGGAGCGCCACCAAGCGUACGGAAAAUCAGCGAGAAGUAUGACAAAGUCUUCGUCAACGGCUGCUUGGACCCUAAUACGCAGCGAGAUGCGCCGAGAGCGAAUGCAGCGUUUGUCGUGUUGGCGCGAAAUAAGGAGCUGGAGGGUGUGUUGGAGAGCAUCAAGAGCGUGGAGCGACAUUUCAAUCGCUGGUUUCAUUACCCGUAUGUCUUUCUGAAUGACGGCGAUUUCAACAGCACUUUCAAGGAGGUGGUGCGGAACUACACUUCUUCCACCGUCGAGUUUGGCAAGAUAGGACCGGAGUCUUGGGGUUACCCGGACUGGGUGGAUACCAAUGUGGCGAAGGAAGGCAUACGGAAGCAGGGCGAUGCGGCGAUCAUGUACGGCGGCAUGGAGAGCUACCACCACAUGUGUCGCUUCUACUCCGGCUUCUUCUACAAGCACGAACUGUUACAGAAGUACGAGUGGUACUGGCGGGUGGAGCCGGAGAUCAAGUAUUUCUGCGACAUCACCUAUGACCCGUUCAUCCACAUGGCGCGCGCGAACAAGACGUACGGCUUCACGAUCGCGGUUAAGGAGCUGAAGGAGACGGUGCCGAACAUCUUCCGCUACGCGUCUGCAUACAAACGAACGCAUAACCUGACCAGCCAGGGUCUGUGGGAGAUGUUCGUCGAACCCAAGGAAGGGUAUAACCAGGACGGCACGAAGAAGAAGGUGAAGCCGGAGGAUCUACCGAAAGAUGAUCCUAAGUACGCGAAGGAGAAGCAGAAGCCGUUACCAGAGGAUAUCCUACGGACGGAGCCGGGAGCAGGCACGCUGCCGGACAUCGAUCCGGAUGCGAUGGAGGGAGAAGUGUACAACAUGUGUCACUUCUGGAGUAACUUCGAGAUCGCACGACUCGACUUCUUCCGGAGUCAAGAGUACGAGGACUUCUUCCAGAUGAUGGAUCGCUCCGGCGGCUUCUGGAUGGAAAGAUGGGGCGACGCUCCCAUCCACUCCCUCGCCGCCGGCGCCCUCCUCGCGCCCUCCGACAUCCACUACUUCCGCGACUUCGGCUACCGCCACACCACCAUCCAGCACUGCCCCGCCAACGCCCCCGCCCGCCAAUUACCCCGUGAACCGUACCUCGAGCUCACAACGGUCGACGAAAAGGCACGGAAGGAGGAGGACGAGUACUGGGCGAAGUGGGAUACGGAGAAGGAGAAUGGGGUUGGGUGUCGGUGUAGGUGUGAUACGGAUAUUGUGGACGUGGAGGGGAAGGAGGGGAGUUGUAUUCCGGAGUGGGUGGAGAUUGCGGGCGGAUUUAUUACGCCUGCGGGGAGGGGGUGA